GGAUUCCCGGCCGCGGAGCACGCUGCCCCUCUCUCCGUCGCUGAUGACGCGAGAGCUGGGGUCCAAGCGCCGCCCAUGCAGCAUCCCUGCACUCCCCCGACCUAGAGUUUAUGAUAAAACUCUAAACCGUCUCCGCUGAGGGGAGCCAUGAGCUGUCUGGAUGUUAUGUACCAAGUCUAUGGUCCUCACCAGCCGUAUUUUGCAGCCGCCUACACUCCCUAUCACCAGAAACUAGCUUAUUACUCCAAGAUGCAGGAAGCCCAAGAGUGCAACGCCAGCCCCAGUAACAGCAGCGGCAGCGGCAGCUCCUCUUUUUCCAGCCAAACUCCGGCCAGCAUAAAAGAGGAAGAAGGCAGUCCGGAGAAAGAGCGCCCACCAGAGGCGGAGUACAUCAACUCCCGCUGCGUCCUCUUCACCUAUUUCCAGGGGGACAUCAGCUCCGUGGUGGAUGAGCACUUCAGCAGGGCCCUAAGCCAGCCUAGCAGCUAUUCCCCAAGUUGUACAAGUAGCAAAGCACCGAGGAGCUCCGGGCCCUGGAGGGAUGGCUCCUUCCCGAUGAGCCAACGCAGCUUCCCUGCCUCCUUCUGGAAUAGCGCGUACCAGGCGCCUGUGCCCGCGCCGCUGGGCAGCCCUUUGUCCGCCGCGCACUCGGAGCUGCCCUUCGCCACCGCCGACCCCUACUCGCCCGCCGCUCUGCACGGCCACCUGCACCAGAGCGCCGCGGAACCCUGGCACCACGCGCACCCGCACCACGCGCACCCGCACCCGCACCAGGCGCACCCUCAUCCGCACCAUCCCUACGCACUGGGCGGCGCCCUCGGCGCCCAGGCCACAGCCUACCCGCGGCCCACGGCAGUGCACGAGGUCUACGCGCCGCAUUUCGAUCCGCGCUACGGCCCGCUGUUGAUGCCCUCUGCCUCUGGGCGCCCAGCCCGCCUCGCGCUCGCCCCGGCACCCGCGCCAGGCAGCCCCCCCUGCGAGCUCUCGGCCAAGGGCGAGCCAACCGGCACCGCGUGGGCUGCUCCCGGUGGACCCUUCGCUAGCCCCGCGGGAGACGUGGCCCAGGGUUUGGGUCUCAGCGUGGACUCAGCUCGCCGUUAUUCCCUCUGUGGUGCAUCCCUCCUGAGCUGACCUGCUGACCCAGGGUUCCCCUUCCCUUUCCCUUCUGACCAGCCAGAAGGCUCAGCAUCUGUGCCUCUCACUGCAAGGAUGAGGACACGGGGAAAGGCAGAGACUUCGAACUUCUCCGUGUGCUGGGAAAACCAAAACAUACAUCUCAGAAAUUUCAUCUAACAAUUAUUCCUUCUCCCAAAAGAGCAGAUCUGACGACUCUUAAUUACGUUUAACGACUUUUGGGCAAAUCACUGGAAAUAUCUGUGGCGAGAUCACUUAGGUGAUAUGAUAUCAUACGUUUUCUUGGAAGGAGGGAAAGGAAAA